AUGGCUUUUCUUCUGAAUGUUGGCUUCUGGGCCCCGGCUCAGAUGCUGUCCACCCCUGCCUUGUCUAGAGGGUAUUCAGCCGGGGGAAAAGGGCAGAUGUCCAUUUUUUUUACCAGGAACGAUGCACUCCUGAGUCGGCCAAUCAGUCUCUUCUGCCGAUCAGCCUCGUGCGUGAGAGAGACUGCUCCACGCUAUUUGCUCGCAACCCGGCCAGAGCACUCGGGUUUCAGACUACCCAGUUCUGUCCAUGGCGCUAGCCAGCUGGCGCAUCGGUGGCUUCGCCGUCCAGCGGCGCCUCGCUUUCCAGAAGCCUUCUCCGUGCCUGGCGGAGAAGUGGAGGCUCUUCCGUCAACACUGCGCCACAUUCUGAAUGUAAAAAGCAUACGCCACUUGGCAUCUGAAGCUUCGUCUGGUGCUCGGUCGCACGCGAGCUGCGACGCUGGGACCGUGUGCAAACGACAGCGUCCCCAGAGCCGCGCCGCACGUGCUGCGCUGUCGUACAGUGCCGUGCUCAACCCCCUCUCUUCAGUAUCUUGCAUUCGCGCCACUUCGCCUAUAGCUUCGGCCGUGUUCGCUCGAACCAUCAGUACUUGCAGACGACGCUACUUCAAGAUGCGGAAGUUCCACAAAAAGAAGUACAAGAAGAAGCUGAUGCGGCUGAAGAAAAUCCCCUUUGUUGAGAUGCACAAAGAGAAGAGGACAUGGAAAACGUACCGGGAAACCCGCCUGUAUCGCAAGGAGCUGCGACGUGGACUUCCUAAGAAAGGCGCUCGAAAGCUUCGUCUCAAGCGGGAAAGAUGA